AUGGUCCUUCAGGAUCUAGGACGGCGCAUUAACGCCGCUGUCAAUGACCUAGCCAGGUCCAACAACCUCGAUGAGAAGGCGUUUGAUGACAUGCUCAAGGAGAUUUGCGCAGCCCUCCUAUCUGCCGAUGUGAAUGUGAAACUUGUACAAAACCUCCGCAAGUCGAUCAAAAAGACUGUCGACUUCGCUUCCAUCCCCGCCGCCACCAACAAGAAGCGCCUAAUUCAAAAGACCGUAUUCGACGAGCUGGUGGCAUUGGUUGACCCUCACUCGGACUCCUUUCGUCCCAAGAAAGGCCGCUCCAAUGUUAUCAUGUUUGUUGGUCUACAGGGUGCGGGUAAAACAACUACCUGUACCAAGCUUGCUCGUCACUACCAGAUGCGUGGAUUCAAGACCGCGUUGGUUUGCGCGGAUACCUUCCGUGCGGGUGCUUUCGACCAGCUGAAGCAGAACGCAACCAAGGCCAAGAUUCCAUACUAUGGUAGCUUGACUCAGACAGACCCGGCUGUUGUGGCGGCAGAGGGUGUAGCUCAAUUCAAGAAGGAGAAAUUCGAUAUCAUCAUUGUUGAUACCAGUGGUCGUCACCGACAGGAGGAGGAACUUUUUAACGAAAUGAUUCAAAUCCAGGAGGCCGUCACUCCUGACCAGACUAUCAUGGUUCUUGACAGCACCAUCGGUCAGGCCGCGGAGGCUCAAUCAUCGGCGUUCAAGGCUUCUGCUAAUUUUGGUGCCAUCAUUAUCACCAAGACCGAUGGCCACGCAGCGGGUGGUGGUGCCAUCUCUGCUGUUGCAGCCACAAACACCCCUAUUAUUUUCCUUGGAACGGGUGAACACAUGAUGGAUUUGGAGCGAUUCGAGCCUCGUUCAUUUGUCUCAAAGCUUUUGGGUAUGGGUGAUAUGGCCGGUCUAUUUGACCACGUGCAAGCGAUCACCAACGAUUCCGCUGCUUCCAAAGAGACCUACAAGCAUAUCGCUGAGGGUAUCUACACUAUUCGCGAUUUCCGUGAGAACAUCACGUCUAUCAUGAAGAUGGGACCUCUCUCCAAGUUAUCUGGCAUGAUUCCCGGUCUUUCCAACUUGACCCAGGGACUGGAUGAUGAGGAUGGUUCCCUGAAGCUGCGCCGCAUGGUUUACAUUUUUGACAGCAUGACAGCGGCUGAGAUGGACAGCGAUGGCAAGAUGUUCGUUGAGAAGCCUAGCCGUAUGGUCCGAAUUGCUCAUGGCAGUGGUACCUCCGUCCGUGAAGUCGAGGAUCUUCUCUCUCAGCACCGCAUGAUGGCUGGUAUGGCCAAGCGUGUCGGUGGUCAGAAGAAGCAGAUGCAGCGUGCACAGAACAUGCUCAAGGGUGGAAACAAGGACCAGCAAAUGGCUGCUAUGCAAAAGCGUAUGCAGGCUAUGGGUGGUGCCGGUGGCAUGGGUGGUAUGGGUGGAAUGCCCGGUAUGGGUGACAUUGGAAAGAUGAUGCAGAUGAUGGGUGGCGGCCAAGGAGGCGGCGGUAUGCCCAAUCUUGGAGGCAUGGACAUGCAAAGUAUGAUGAGCCAGAUGAGUGGGUUGAUGGGUGGAAUGGGCGGUAUGGGCGGUAUGGGUGGAAUGGGCGGCGGCGGUGGUGGAGGUCGCGGACGUGGAAGAGGUGGACGGUAG